UCUAUAGUACUAUCGACUAUCGCUUAUCCCUACUUGAAAGUAGUAGGUACCUCCGUCUUUCCUGUUUCUAGUGUCCGCCGUUCUAUAGUUGUUGUCUUUUUCCUUCUUCAAAUGACGACUGCUGCAAGGCCGACGUUUGAACCAGCUAGGGGUGGUCAGGGCCGAGGCGAAAAGGACCUGAGUGCGAUCUCAAAACAAUACUCGAGCAGAGAUUUGCCAGGACACACCAAACUUAAAUUCAGGGAACAUGGUCAAGGAACAAAUGAGGAACUUAGAAACCGUGACUUUAGGCGAGAACUUGAAGAAAGGGAAAGGGAAAAAACUGCCACAAGACCUCGUCUUACUGAGCCUCACAGUAAAAGGCCAAAACUUGAUCAAGUGCCUGCAGCGAGUCUUGAUGCAGAUGACCCCCUCGAUGACGAAGAUUCAGACGAUGCAGAUUCAGAUGAUGACACUGCAGCACUACUUAUGGAACUCACUAGAAUUAGGAAAGAAAGGGCCGAGGAACAAAUUAGAAAGGAACAAGAAAAACGCCAGGAAGAAGAAAGAAUCAGAAUGGAAAAUAUUUUGAGUGGGAACCCUUUAUUAAAUUAUUCUGCUCAAGCUACAAAAAGUGAUUUAAAAGUCAAGCGGCGAUGGGAUGAUGAUGUCGUAUUCAAAAAUUGUGCUAGAUCCGAGCCAAAGGAGAAAGGCCAGUUCAUCAACGAUUCCCUUAGAUCUGACUUCCACAGAAAAUUUAUGGAAAAAUACAUCAAAUGAUUUUUUUUUUCUUUAAACCAAUGCUUUAUUCCAAUAGUUUGUUUGGUAUUACUUUAGUUUUAAUUAUAAAUAUUUUCACAAUUUUGUAUACUUAUUAAAAAAGGGUUACCUUCGUUA